ACAUAUCCUUUAAAGGCAACGCAUAACAAACUUCAUAAGUCAUCACAAAUCACAAUAAACUUAGGUUAUGUUGUUAAAAAAAACGUGUCCUCUUGUUCAGCUGGGCUGAAUUUAGUAUUACUCACCUUAAAAUAUAUCAAAAGUAAAUCUGUAUACAUUGGCAGUGUCCGUCAAAAUAUAGUGCCAUGAUUUCCUUGGGAGACCCACGAACAUCAAAUCCUGUCCUUUCUGCACUUCAGAUAAGAUUCAGUGACAGAAUUAUAGCUGUUAGAGAAAAUUCAACAGCCGACUCAAAUUUCAUUAUAACUCAUUUGAUAAAACAAAUACUCUAUGAGAAAAACAGGUUAUGUUUAGUAAGUUUUCACAACACCUUUGAACACUAUCAAAAUGUUGGAAAAAAACUUGGUUAUGAUUUACUGAAAGCUGUUCAAGAUGGAGAUAUGAGAAUUAUUGAACCUAUGAAUGACAUAGUUGAUGAUAUUGGAUUGGAAGAACGGUAUUUCCAAGAUGACAAGGAAAAUAUAGUGAAGUGCCUUUAUUUUGAUAUAAAAAAAAAUCUAGAUGAAAUGACAGAGAAUUCUGGAAAACAGGCAUACUUAAUAGUAGAUGAUGUCAGUCAUUUACAUGAUUUGGGAAUAGAAAAUUCACAAAUAGUGAACUUCGUUAAUUACCUUGUGAAUUUGAUUAGCAAUGAAAACAUUUCUGUUAUUUUGAAUAAUCAUGUAGCUUCAAAGUAUGAUGAAAUUAUUUCAAACAAUAUGGAAUAUGUUGCAGAUGUACACAUUGAAGUUUCAGCUCUGAAGACUGGAAAGUCUCAAGAUGUCACAGGUUUGCUAACAGUGAAAACGAGAUCUAACAAAAACCAUUUUCAGUUUAAAGCCUUUGAUAGGGGAAUCAAAACUUUCCAUCCUGGAGAAUCUUUGCACUUUCUAUAUAAGUGAUUUUUUUCAUUUAUAUUAUUAUCACCAACUGUUUUCUGAUAUUGUAUUUUUACAUGGAUGUUGUUUUUAAGUUUAUUUUACCUAAGAAGGCAGUAUAUUAUUGCCGACCAUAUUGAUUUUUUAAUAGAAUAUUUUUUAUUGUGAUUUCUAACUCUUCAGUAACUGAGUUUUUUGGAUUCUUCAAUAUUCCACUGCAAUUUGCUUGUUGGGUUCAUUUACAUUAGAAGUCUGAAAAUCUGUGUUAACAUUUCCAUUUAUUUGAAAUAUAAAUCUAUUGUCAUAUGUUCAAAAUAUAUAAGUAAUCAAUUA